GGCCCCCCAAAACAAGCUGGAGCCGCCAGACUGUCAAUGAAGCGGCGGCUCACACACACACACACACACACACACUCGUCCUGCAGGCUCGUCUCUCCGCCCAACUCGGAUUUCUCUUCGGAUCCUGGCCGCUCCUUCAUCUCAGCACGGCAGGGGAAGGGCACCCAGCAAACUGCCCAACCCAUCUACCUCACCCCUGUCCGGGAGGGGCAGGCAGGCAGGACGUGUGCUCGCUUCGGUUGCCUCUGUCUGGACUGUAUUUGCAGAGAGAUUGCGCCGCCAGUGCAAAGCUGCAGCGGCGACUCUUGGUUCCAGCUCUUCAAACCAUAUCUUCAGUGGGUGGGGGAGGGAGGGAGGGAGGGGGGUGGUGGUGGGGUAUUGGGGAGGGAGGAAGGAUGCUGUGACUGAUUGACUGGAUGCUGUCGCCUCGGGAAUCUCCAGCCGGUCUCGUUCUACUCCCAGUAACUGAAUACAUAUAAUUUAAAACAUCGAUCUCUCUCACACACAUCACCGCCACCAGCUCUCACCACGCCGUUACUUCAGGCUCUCUGCACCGACUUUUUUUUUGCUGAUUGUUGCCCCAGUUGCAUACAGAUUGCGGACUUAACCUCGUUUUACAGAACUUUGCGCCAAUCUCAUGCCCUGCUGACAGUGAUUCCGGGAAUUCGUCAUUGUUUUAUUUGAUUUCACAGACGACUGCCUCAAACAUCGUGUUCCAAUGAAUUAAUAUCUCCAUCAGGUCUCUGUUGCUUUGAAGUGGUUUGCACAGUUACAGGUAUUUCAUUCCCAUUUCCUGCUACAGUUUUGGACUUUGUCUCCCUGAUUCUGGACUUUGAUUUAUCUGAAGACAUUUGUUUUGAGUGUGGGCAUCUGAAGCUGUGUAACUUUGGAAGAGUAGAGAGAGACAGAGAGACUUAAAGGGCGGGUUCUUCUCAUCCUCUCCGCAGUCAUGAUCAACACGGAGAUACUUGUCGUAUUCCUGCUGCUCUGGAUGUGUGUUUGGUCUCAGGAGUCCGGCAAAGUGGUGGCCGACCGGUACGCCGUCUACUGGAACAGCACCAACCCAAGGUUCAUGAAAGGAGAUUUCCACAUUGAAGUUUGCAUCAAUGAUUACUUAGAUGUUUUCUGCCCCCAUUACGACGAGUCCAUGUCAGAUGACAAGACGGAGCGCUACGUUCUCUACAUGGUGAAUUACGAUGGCUACAGCUCGUGCGAUCACACCUCCAAAGGGUUCAAGAGAUGGGAGUGUAACAGGCCUCAUGCAGCCAAUGGCCCCUUAAAAUUCUCUGAAAAGUUCCAGCUGUUUACUCCAUUUUCAUUAGGAUUUGAAUUCAGACCUGGCCGAGAAUAUUACUACAUCUCUUCGGCUAUUCCAGAUAACGGCAAGAAGAAUUGUUUAAAAUUGAAAGUCCUCGUGCGACAAACAAAAAGCUGUUCGAAAACUGUAGGUGUACAUGAAAGUGUUUUCGGUGCUAACGACAGAGUAGACAGUUCAUUAGAACCAGCAGAUGAUACCAUCCAUGAAGCUGAGCCAUCGCGAGGUGACAAUGAUGCUCAAACAGCCAGGAUAUCCCCGCUACUUUUGGCAACUGUACUAUUACUUUUCUUGAUGCGUUCAACAUUGUAGUGCUCAAAAAUACAAGGAACCUCUGACACAGCAUGGCUGGAUCAGGAAACAUCACGAAUUCUGUAACUGCACUUUUGAAGAGGGGGACAUUCAGUUAAUCCAGGCAUAAGAUUUAUUUUCUGUCCGGAUAGUAGAGAGUAAUUAAGAGGGAUGAUGCGUCCAAACUGAUAAAACCCCUGCAAAAAUGCCAAAUUAUAUUUUGAGACUAAUGAAUCUUAUUUUCCUGUGCAUUUCUUCUUUCAAAGUACCCUGAGGUGGUUUGGCUCUUGUCAUCCAAGUGCAGAUGAGAAACAGUAGUGGCAGAUGCAGUGACUGAAGAAUAAGAAUAUUGAGCAGAAGCCCAAGAGGGUUUUAGUCCUCCAUGCAAUAUUUAUACCUUAUCACUCAGUACCGUAAGAUGAUCACGCAAGGCAUCGAGUCACCAUGUCAGAACUUUAGGGGAGAUAUUACAAAUAGAUAUAACCCCAUCCCUCUUGGGACUUAUAAUUUAACAUGUGUCUGAAGAGAGGGUUCCUGUGCUUGUGCAGUAGCUAAUAUGGUCUGUAAUAUUUUGUAUUUUCCGCACAUUUCUUGUUUCAUGGGCUCUUGGCAGGGCUUUGCAUUUUUGUAGGAGAUGAGUGUACCUUAAAUAGCCUUUGAAAAAAUUGGGAAUCACCACAGAACUGAAGAGUGGUGCAAUUUGCAAAGGCUACUAGCAUAAUGCUGAACCAUGUGAGAAACACAAAUAUAAAGGUAGAUUAGAAAUGCUGGUUUCAUUUGUAACAAGGAUAGUUUUCAUGUGAAUAAGGAUAGACAUUGUGAAUAACAUAACGGUUUGGAAUUUAUUUUAACACCAUAUUCAACAAGUGAAAAGGUAAUGAACUGAGAAUGUAAAAUACUGCAUUUUUUAUUUCCUGUAAAACUGGAUUGCGAUCCACUCUGUAAUAGUGAUGGAACAAUUGUAUAUUUUUCUGACAGCUGUAAACUUCAGUUUAUUAUUUGACCAAUUAAUUUCUGGCUGUUUAGACAGGACGUUGCCAACAUGCUUUGAUAAUGAAUAAAUUCAAUAUGAAACAAUUACUAUUACAUACUUGGAGGAUUCAAACACAAACUGGACACCCCUGUUGUUAUGGAAGACAUUUGAGACCUACAACUUUUUGCUUGUUUGUUUUUAGUUGCCUUUUUUAAAGCAGGGAAAAAAGGAUCAGUCUGUUCAGUGGAUACUGUGUAUCCUGUAAUAGUCUAUAACAUUAGUGUUAGCUUAGUACAUUGAUUUGUACCUUUUAUUGGAGGGCAAAAGGAAAAAAUACAUUGUUUAAAUUCUGUAUUAUUAGCAACCUAUGUUGUAAAUAGUGUUUGAUAAAGUAUUAAUUCCAAUUCUUACACCUUUUAUAAUUGAAUACAAUAGAAUUUCUGGAUUUGAUUGAGCAGUUUAAGCAAACAGAUCUAUGUUGGAUUUGAAGAUGUGUUUCAACAAACAGUACUGGUAGUGGCUACAUGGAUUGUGUAAACGCUACACACGGCUGGAAGCGCAGGAGGUGCAGCCUGCACAUUGCUUAUCUCGAUGAACAGGAGGGAAGCAAAAAACUGUGACUUGACAUUCAACGUAUUGGUCCUAAAUGUUUAGGAGGUGUGAAGAAAGUCGCUUGAUUGGUGUACUUGAUUGUUUUUGUUCUCCCUGCCCCGGAAAUGAAGUGAAUAUUUUACGGAAAGAUCUUGCCUGCGUCCGCCUGGUAUACACAUGGAAUCCAGUAAGAAAAAGAAAGUUUGCCCGGUAUAGUUUUGUAAAUCGUGUCUCCUGCUUUCUCCCUCUUUGUGUGGAAUCGGCUCCUCCCAGGGACAGGAGUAGGGGUGCACCCUGUACCUGUCACCAAUCAGUCACACUUUACUGACCUACCUUGCAGUGUGGAAUGGAAACGGUUCGAUAAAUUUGGAAGCAUAGAAAUUAAUCCACUCCCCUUUUAUUCACUCCACGUAGAUCAGCUGUUCCCUGCUUUCAUCCAAGCCUUCAUUGAGCGGUGAAUGGGUAAAUCUGUUCUAUUUGGCAACUCCGAGUUUUUCCCAUGCAUUAGCCCCCAAACUGUUCUGAUGCGAGACGAAUCUUCUUACAAUCGCGUUGCUGCCAUUGUCUGUACAGUUUAAUAAAUGCUGGCAUGUUGAAGGUUACUCAUGGAGUCUGCUAAAUCUGUUUUAGAUGCUUACUCUUGACACUCCGUCAGAGUCACUCAUUGUUUGUGCGUCUGGAUAUUAGAGUCCAGCCAUUGUCGUCCUGUGCCUGUAUUGCCCUGCUCAAGAAGCGCUUGAAAUGCAGAUUCUUUGCACUUAUUGAAGAGUGCUUUUUUGACAUGCUUGUAAGAGAAAGAAACAAACCUAUGGUCUUCUGCCAUGUGGAUACUCUAUACAUCUGUUUUGUAUAUACACGUGUCUGAGCAGCUAUACAUAAAUAAAACUAAAGAUGUUCAUCAUUUGUAAUGUUCCGUGUGUUUGGCCAUUAAAAGUAGGGAGAUGUGUUUUAAAGGG